AUGACUUCCGUAUGUAACGCGAAUACGGUGAAUUUGCGCAAUAAGGCCGACACAAACUCCACACCUGCGAAAAUCAGCUCCGGCACUACUCUCUCAUACUUGACUUCUACAAAAGACAGCAGCUCCUGGACCGGCACUGCGGAAGCUUUUAUCUUGCAUUGGAAAAACCAUCUACGCAUCUACAAUGCUACCGUGCCAACUACGGAACAGGUGCCACCGCAACUCUGCCUCUUUUUACUCGAGUCUUCUGUUCGCGACGUCUCCGAACUACGUCAAGUCAACACUACAGCGAAUUUAGAUUUAGCUAAAGGGGGGUCUCCCAUUGACUAUGAAAAUUAUCUAAGUCUACUUCCCGCUGCAGCAACUUUAUACAACAAGGGGAACAACCUUUCCAACUCUUCUAGCCCUAAAACCAAGCGUAGUGCCUUUGUUGCCGAAAGCAUCUUCCCCAACAAUAACUACGGCAUUGAUUAUGACAUUGAUUUAUCUCUGUCCAUUCUGUACAAAGCAAAUAAUUGCUUAGCCUUGUGUGGCUAUAAUUUAUCAAAUGCUCACAACCGUCGAGCUGGAGAUCAAAAUCAAGACCGCCAGGGCAAUGUCAACCGUGAACAACCGUAUAUCCUCCGUGAGAUGUGGGAUAAACUGUCCAAUGAUGCAAAGGCAAUUCUCCGAGGCAUGUCCUCUCCCGCGGAAGGUCAUGCCUUGUCUACAGCAACCGACAUGGGACACCCCUCCCCAACCGACGACUUGUUGAAUGAAAGCAACAACAACAAAUUCCACAAUUGUGGAAACAAUACGGAACUACUUGCCCACCUUACUGAUUGUUCUAGCCCUAUGGCAAACGGUGACAUUUGCAAAGUUCUUGCCUCUGCCUCUUCCCACAAGAAAAACGCAAACAACUCCAUCCAGUCAAACAUGCUUGAGUACACCAUUUCACGGCACUCCAUUGUGGGAACCACAUCUUCUCUCAUUGACAGAGGUGCCAAUGGCGGACUUGCUGGAAUUGAUGUUAAGGUUAUCAACAAAACAGGCCAUUCGGCAAGCAUCACUGGUAUCAACGACCACACUCUGCCUGAUUUGGACAUUGUCACCGCUGCUGGCCUUGUUGAAUCCCAGAACGGACCUAUUAUUGUCUUAUUACAUCAAUAUGCCCAUCACGGAAAAGGAAAACUAUCCAUUGUGGGACUUGCAUACAUGGACAUGCGUCCAAAUUCCGACGCAGAGUUUGAUACAAUUCCCCACAUUGUACUUACUUCCAAUGUCAAUUGGGACCCGUCCAUCAUUGACAAUGAAAUUGACCUUGCCACGGAUUGGUAUGAUACCAUCCAGGAUCUCCCGAACGACCCAUAUGUUGAACCUUGUUUCAAUUCAACCGGGGACUACCGGCAUAGACAUGUUGCGAAUUUUUACAUAUUUUCGUCACCUGCAAUGAUUGACCGUUCCACCGCUAUUGACAUCAAGAAAACUAUCUUGGCCACUACGCAAUUUGCUCGAGAGGUAUAUAAUGCACCCAUGCAUAAACAUUUCAAGUCUCGCUUCCCAUCGCUUAAUGUUCAUCAACGCAACGAAGCUGUGGCUACCGAUACCAUCUGGUUGGAUACGCCUGCCAUUGAUAAUGGAGCAAAAUUUGCGCAAUUAUUCGUUGGAUGCCGAUCGCUUGUUACCGAUAUUUAUCCCAUGAAAACAGACAAGGAAUUUGUUAACGCUCUCGAAGACAAUUUUUGUCAUCGAGGCGCCAUGGAUAAACUUAUCAGCGACCGCGCCAAGGCCGAAAUCAGCAAGAAAGUUUCCGACAUUACUCGUGCCUAUAACAUUGAUCAAUGGCAAAGUGAGCCCAACCACCAGCACCAGAAUUAUGCUGAACAUUGGAUUGCAACUGUGGAAGCAAAUGCAAAUAACAUUCUAAACAAAACAGGCGCACCCAAUUCUACAUGGCUAUUGUGUGUUUCCUACAUUUGUUAUUUAUUCAAUCAUGUGGCACAUGAGUCCUUGCACGACCGCACCCCAAUCGAAAUUCUUUCCGGUAGUACCCCUGACAAUAGCGUACUCCUUCAAUUUCAUUUCUGGGAACCAAUCUAUUAUUGA